AGCCGGUCUCUUAUUUUUGUCUGCAGAAUCCAUCGGUAAAUUGUGGACAGUUACCGGCUCGUGUGUUUUUGCCAAGCGGAGACAAGGCAAAUGCCAGUCAGCUUUUACAGCCACGCCAACAAUGCUGGCUACUACGCCAGCCUUGAGCUCCAUGAGGGCACCUAGUCCUACACCAACCUCUACGCCGAUAGCAACAAGCAGAUCUUCGUCUACUUUGACCCCAUGCACCUUUGGAAGAACAUCUACUGCAGCUUCCACAACAACGUCUGUAUGGUGCUGCCCAGGUGUCCUGGGGCUAAAGCAAGUGGCCAGCAUUAUUCAUUUUAUAAAAAAUAUGAAUCAAAACACCUAUCUUUCAAAAAAAAAAACAACAUGUUUUUUAAGAGCCUGAGAGGAUGAGGACGGCCCAAUUCUCAAGCCUGAAGGUGCUAGGCAGGUGGGAGAAGUACAAGUCCGUCAAGGCCGGCUACAAGUUGACCCAGAAGGUGCUGGCACGCGCUUUGAUCAAGUUGCAGAGCGUCGGGCUCAUUAUGGAGGUCGUCAACGCCAACACGGUCACGGGGCUGAGGCUCCUCUUGAUCACGACAGGCAAGGAGGAACACAGGGACACGGAGACAUGCCGGGCGGUCUUCAAGCGACCAUAUCUCUCCAUGGCCCACAUGGCGUCCUUCAGAAUGUCACUGUGGGACUCCCUGAUGUGCAGGAAGCACAAGAGCACCUGCUGGAGUUCCUGGCGGUCCCUCUUCAUCUGUUUUGGUACAAACUUCUCCAAGGAUGUGUCAUCAGAAGCGAGGAAGAACAAGGCCUUGGAGUGGCUGACCGGCAGGACAGGAAAAGGAGCAGAGUCGAGGAGGGUAGAAAGGAGAUGGCGAGGAAUAGGAACUUGUACAAGUCGAGAAGCUGACCAGAAAAUGCAAGGCAUAGAAAGAGGCUAUGUGAUUGUAGAAAGACGAGGCUCACAUCCUGGUAAACCCACAUCAAUUAUAUGCACUGCCUGAAUUAUGGGACUAUCUCACACGCAUUUUAAUAUUUAUGUUUAUUUUAGUGCUGUCAAAUUUAUCGUGUUAACGGACGGUAAUUAAUUUUUUAGAUUAAUCACAUUAAAAUAUUUGAUGCAUUUAACGUUAGCAUGCACGGAAUGACCCGCUCAUGCAUUGCCUCAAAUAGAUUACAAUGAUGCCGUUUUUGCAUAUUGAGAGAUGAAAGGCAGUGAUAUGCGAGUGGACUUUUAUUGGCAUAAGCUUUGGCAAAUCCUUCACAACAAACAUAACUAUUGUGGCGAGCGACGUGGGGAAGAACGACAUGAGAUGAUCUUUUUCAUAACACGCUUUAUUGAACUCAACGCAGAACAUAUACCAUUUGCAGCCACCGCUGACAGUCAUGGUUGCCCAACUUCCCAUCAUGCAUUUGGGCGGAACAGUUAAGUCGCUACAGUAUCAUUUAGUGAAAGCACAACAAAAAUAAUAUUCCUAUCAAAAAAAAAAAAAUUAUAAUAAUGGUCACAAAAAGAAAAGCGCUCAAUGCAAAGAGAACUGGCAUUCCCAAUCAAAAUAGCUAUGCAAAAUACACAUAAAACUUACUCAGACUUUGCCUUGGCUAGAUCUCUAAUUAAUUUAAAACUCACCAUUGACACCUUGUGGUGUAUUUCAAUCACUAUCUUACGUAGUUAAAGACAUUGUAAAAGAAAGGCAGGGACCCCAUGUGACGUCCCGCUCAGCGACAUCAACAAUGGCGAGCUAUUAGUUUAUUUUUUGAUUGAAAAUUUUACAAAUUUUAUUCAAACGAAAACAUUAAGAGGGGUUUUAAUAUAAAAUAACUGUAACUUGUACUCAAAUUUAUCUUUUAAGAACUGCAAGUCUUUCUAUCAGUGGAUCCGUUUAACAGAAAGAAUGUUAAUAAUGAUAACGACAUCUUGUGGAUUUAUUGUUAUAAUGAACAAAUACAGUACUUAUGUACAGUAUGUUGAAUGUAUAUGUCCAUCUUGUCUCUUAUCUUUCCUUUCAAACAAUAACUUACAGAAAAAUAUGGCAUAUUGUAGAGAUGGUUUGAAUUGCGAUUAAUUAUGAUUAAUUAAUUUUUAAGCUGUGAUUAACUCAAUUUAAAGAUUUUAAUCGUUUGACAGCCCUAGUGUAUUUACAUUUCAUACUUGCACAUCACUUUUGAGAUUUUAACUUAUCCUGCACUGUAAAGGGAUGCUCCACAAUUUCAUUGUAUAACUGCGUAAUGAUAAAAAAGGGCUAUUUUA